AUAUCGCAAGGUGAUGCCCUUUUUGCAGUGUUCGUGCCGCUGGGGCUUCACCGGUAACCCCUAUAUUAAACAUGGAUGCAAAGAUGUCGAUGAAUGCGAAGAUCCCAAUCGUUGCCAUGGAAAAAAGUGUGUGAAUCAACGAGGUUCCUAUGAUUGUGUUGAAGGAAGCAAGACAAUCAAGUUUCUCCUCGUAGGUAUCGGAGCAGGCCUAGGGGCACUAUUCUUGCUUCUCUUGUUAUGGCUGUUGUACAAUUUCAUGAAGAAAAGGAAAGAAAUCAAGCUCAAAGAGAGGCACUUCAAAGAGAAUGGGGGUCUCUUGUUGCAGCAACAACUGUGUUCAUUCGAGACCAAUGUUGACAACAACAAAUUAUUCAAUUUUAAGGAUUUGGAGAGGACCACGGACAAUUUCAACAAGAACAGAAUACUCGGUCAAGGUGCGCAAGGAACCAUCUACAAGGGCAUGCUUGCAGAUGGAGGAAUCGUUGCCAUUAAGAAGUCAAAGGCAAUUGAUAAGGGAAAAGUUGAACAGUUCAUUAACGAGAUUGCCAUUCUCUCGUAGAUCAACCAUAGGAACGUGGUUAAGCUACUUGGGUGUUGCUUGGAAACAGAGUCGCCGCUUUUGGUGUACGAAUUCAUAUCGAAUGGGACUCUCUUCCAAUAUUUACGUGACUCUCUCGUAUCGUGGGACACACGCCUUCGAAUUGCUACCGAAGUGGCGGGAGCCUUGUCCUAUCUACAUUCAUCGGCAUCAAUCCCAAUUUAUCAUCGGGACAUCAAGUCUAUUAAUAUUCUCCUGGAUGACAAGUACCGUGCAAAAGUGGCCGACUUUGGCACUUCCAAAUCGCUUUCGCUCUAUCAAACUCACGUGACUACAGCAGUCCAAGGGACAUUCAGUUACUUGGAUCCGGAGUAUUUUCAAUCGUGUCAGUUCACAGAUAAGAGUGAUGUGUACAGCUUCGGUGUGGUCCUCGUCGAACUCCUGACCUGGCGAAAGCCAGUCUCACUUCUUGGAGACGAGGAUCAGAGAAACCUUGCAAGCUAUUUCCUCCUAUCGAUGGACGACAACUGCCUGUUCAACACAGUGGACGAUCAAGUUCUGAAGGAAGGCAAGAAAGAAGGGAUCGUCGCCUUUGCGAACCUCGCAAGAGGGUGCCUGAACUUACAUGGGAAGAUGCGACCUACAAUGAAAGAAGUGGCAAGUGAGCUGGAGCGCAUUAGAAAGCUGGAGAAUCCUGCCAUGAAACAUGAACAUACUCCAAAGAAGAGGGAAACGAGAAUAAGUUGGGAUUCUGCAGGGUCCGCAGACAUAAUCACGAUGUCGGACGUGCAGCCACUCAUGUAUAGCGACUCGAUGUAUAGUAGUUCUUUCUACAUUUUCUUAGAUGGGUGAUUACUUUAAGAAGUUCCAUACGUCGCACUCUUUCUUGAUGGGACAAAAAGCAGAAACUUAAUUGUCAAAUAUCUUAGAAGAAAUUCAGCAUAGAUUGUGAAA